AUGGAGUUAGCCAAUUUAGCUAAACUCUUCAUCAACCCAUUGUUUCCAUCUCUGAUUCUCCUUCUACCCCUUUUAAUUUGGCUCAAACUAGCAAAAAGAAGGAAUCAUAAUUUGCCCCCAUCACCCCCAACGCUACCAAUCAUCGGCAACAUCCAUCAACUCGGCAAACUCCCCCACCGCUCUCUCCGACACCUCUCGAGGAAACAUGGUUCCAUCAUGCUCCUGCAGUUGGGGUACAAUCAAACCGUAGUGGUUUCUUCAGCCGACGUGGUUAGAGAAAUUGUGAAAAACCAUGAUAUUGUCUUCUCCAACAGGCCAAGAACCACCGCCGUGGACAUAUUGUUCUACGGAUGCAAAGACAUGGUGUUUGCACCCAACGGCGAGUACUGGAGACAAGUUAGGAAGAUGAGCGUCGUCGAACUUUUCAGCCACCGGAGAGAGCACUCGUUUCAGUUCGUCAGAGAAAAAGAAGUCGAAGUUCUGAUGGAUAAAAUCCGCGGUGCUGCUGGUGGUAAAGGAGAGUGUAUUAAUCUCACGGAAAUGCUUAUGUUUGUGAUGAGUAACAUUGUUUCUCGAUGCGUUCUUAGUCACAAAAGCGAAGAAGAAGAAGAUGGGUGCAGUAAGUUUGGGGAGAUGGCGAGGAGGUUGGUGAUUGUGUUCGGGAGUUUUUGUAUCGGCGAUAUGUUUCCUUGCUUGCGGUGGCUGGAUGGCGUUACCGGAUACAUUCGGAGUUUGAAGGCAUUGUCUGGUGAAUUCGAUGCGUUCCUUGAUGAGGUAAUUGAGGAGCAUAGAGGUGUUGAAAGUGAUGAAGAUGUUAAAACGGACUUCGUCUCUACCAUUAUGCAGCUUCAAAAGAAUGGCAUGUUGGACAUGGACCUCUCUCAAGACAACAUCAAAGCCAUCUUACUGGACAUGUUUUCGGGAGGAACUGAUACCACCACAACGACAACAGAAUGGAUGAUGGCUGAACUACUAAAGCAUCCAAGUACCAUGAAAAAACUGCAGCAAGAGGUAAGAAAUGUAGUCGGAAGAAACAAACCCAAGGUGGAACCAGAAGACAUGAGUAAAAUGAACUACUUAAAAUGUGUAGUCAAAGAAACUCUAAGACUCCACCCACCUGUUGUUCUCGUCCCUCGAAAAACAUCAGACCCCGUUAAAGUCGGAUGCUUCGACAUUCCUUCGGAUACAACAAUCCUGAUCAAUGCAUGGGCCAUUCACAGAGAUCCCCAAUGGUGGGAAAACCCAGAAGAGUUCAUCCCUGAGAGAUUCGAGAAUAGCUCCAUUGAUCUUCAAGCUCAAGAUUUUCAUUACAUACCUUUUGGUUUUGGGAGAAGGGGUUGUCCAGGGAUGUCGUUUGGAGUUUCUUCUGUUGAGUAUGUGAUGGCUAAUCUUCUGUAUUGGUUCCAAUGGGAGUUGCCUGCAGGUCAAACUGCUGAGAGUUUGGACAUGGCUGAACACAACGGACUUGCGGUCACCAAGAAAAACCCUCUUCAUGUUAUACCUAUCUCUCUUUCGUCUUAA